UCGGUCUGCACCGCGGCGGGCACGUCGACAACCGCGAAGACCGGCGCAGGGUCCGUGCCCCUGAGCUUUAUACCAUCGCCAGACGUUUGAUGUACACGUGGGUAUGCGCCUCUCCUACGGAGUGGAACUGGGCGUUGUAUGAGCGUAUCCACGAGAAGCGCCACAACGGGUUGGACUUUACGAAGGUGACUGAAAUGGUGGAGAUAUGCGCGAACAAGAAGCUCCUGGCGUGUAGACAGAGGAGGAGGGGACUUGUCCUGCCGUGGGGUGAUCUUGAGGAGGGGUUGGACGACGUCCCGGAGCCGCGCAGAUCAGGUACUCUGAUGUCGGGGUCAUUGACGGACGAGGAGAUCGAGCGUCAGGCGCGCAGGAUGUUGUGUGCCUCGACGGUUCACCACCCCCCUGCGGUUCUGACUGUGUUUGUUCGUCGUGCAACUCAUAUCGAGCUGUACGACGAGGAAAUUGAGUACGAUCCACUCACGGACCCGCAUGCUGCAGACGAGAUGGAGGCAGAGCCGUGGACGGACCCAGAGGACUUGGAGCAGAGAGGCAGUGACACACCUGAUGCUGGUGACGAGUCCAACGUAGAGAGUGAUCAUGAGGCUGCCAGUGAUGUGCGUUCGCGAGAUCGACAAAGCCAUUGUGAUCCUGAUCGCAUGACCCCUCCCUUGACUAGGAGUGGGACGGCGAGAGGGUGCAAGCAGACACAGGUUGUGCGAUCGUCGAGCGAGGACGAGGGAGGUGACGACGAAGCUACGGCCGAUGAUGAGGACUCCGACGUCGAGAGAGAGGGACACGACCAGGACAGAGGAGAUGGGGACGAGCAUGGAUUCGACGGCGGUGACGAUAGUGGGCCGUUUGAGGACGGAGCGGGUGGCGCUUUCCUUGUUACUCCUGGCCCCAGUGCAGUGGGCGGGGGCAGUAGUGGCGGGCAAGGAUUUGGUUUAGAGGUACCGCACGGAUUGAUUCCCACUGGCAUUUUCAGUGACGGCUUCGACCUUGGACAUCCACCCACUUCAGAUGCUCGGCAAGGCGGGGUGCGUGUUCAGACACCGGUGAGCGAAGUCGCACACCUCAUAGGGUCGGUUUUUUGUGGUGCUAGUUCGGGGUUGUUGACAGAGGCUGGCAGAGCGUCAGGCGAGAUACAUGAGUGCAUGACUGGUGACGACAUCGGUUGUGUUGCCAGGAGGCUAGAUAUGGACCCCGAGGAUGUGCUUGAGGAAGAACGUUUGGCACGGAUGGUGUCGGGGUGUGCCACGACACAGCAGCUUGCGUUGGAGCAGGACACGACCAGGGCGAAGGAGAUGGGGUGUACUGUAGAGGUGGUCACUGCCGCCAGACUAGCAGCAGAGUGUAGACACGAUGGUCCUGCAGAUGUUGCAGAUGGUGGAGGACUCUGCACAGAGGGACACGUGGUGGAUCGUGUAGACGACCACGAGGAGGACGCGAGGGUAGGGUUGGGUGGUUUAUGUGGGGCCAGCGACACGGUGUCGGGUGGCCGAAGGUCAGUCGGCCACCCGAAUUACGACAAAUUGACCCUUGGAUUAAGUGUCUAGCGAAGGAUCAACCCGCACUUUCAUCAGACCUGUCGGGAAAAAUUAGGGGUCGGGAGGAGACCCCUAAAAUCCCCCGCGUCGAGUACUAUUGAAACUGACCCUUGGAAUUAACAAAAUAAACGGUCGCGC